AUGAAUAUCCUCCAGAAACUGAAUGCCCCACCCGAGCGUAUUCCGAGACGGAAGUUCAAACUGCACAUUGCGAUCGGAUUUCUAGUCUUGAUAACCUUCAUCCUAGCCAUUGCCCGCAUAGCCGACGGCGGGACUCCGAGGGGGAGAACAAAUACAUGGGGAAUUGCAGUGUGUGUAAAAUCCGCCCUUUUCAUGGCAUACCAAGUCACGACGGGCCACAUUAAUCGACUCAAGCGAUGGGCAAACACCAAGGUCAAUAUCACUUUGAAUGUAAUUGAUACAGUGUUCUGGUUUGCGCUGUUUAUUAUCACAAUCAUGGGGACCAUGGGGGCGACUUCGACGAGCAGCAAGGCACUGGGCGCGAUCAUUAUCAUUCUGGCUAUCACGCUGGUGUAG